AUGACUGAUGUACCAGUACAACACAUUUAUCUCUUUAAUAACCAGACCCAGAACAGAUCAAAGGGGCUAUAUAAAUGGUCUCGAGUGGAUGUUACUGAGUUGGACCAGCGCAUGGCUUCAACUCUUCUUCCAGUGGUCGUUUAUGUGGCCGUCUUAAUGGUCCUUGGCAUCAUAGGCAAUUUUGUCGUCGGUUACAUUUACAUCUUCAGGUGGAAGAGAACAACUGUAAAAUAUUUUAUUGGAUCCUUGGCAACAUACGACUUUGUCACAAGCAUAGUGUGUAUGCCUAUAGAAAUAGCGAUGCUUCGAAAUCCUGUGACCCUAAAUGACCCUCAUCUUUGCAAGUUCCUACGGUUUAUUCGCUCUAUGACGUCAUUAGGAGCAGGAUUCAUGUUGGUAGUUAUCGCUGUAGACCGAUAUCUGCGGAUCUGCAAGUUAUCCAAACCUCAAAUUCAAGUCCCCUUAGCAAAGAAAUUGUGUGUAAUGACUGGAGGAAUUGGAUUACUGUUUUCCUGGCCAUGUCUUAUAUUGUUCGGGCAGCUUACCAGAAGUAGAUCCCCGAUUGCGGAGAUAUCGUGUUCGGUCGACACAACAUUUAAUGUCACUCUCUAUCCAGCCGUCUACUAUAGCGUCGUAUCCGUGCUCUUUUUCGUUAUUUCAUUGUGCCUUCUGACGUUCUACUCCAUGAUAUUGACCAGACUGUGUAAAAUGCCAGUUCUCACAAAAGUGAAGACAAUGAAUUCUAGGAAUGAGACAUGUACUACCUAUAACAUCUCCUCCUCCUCGUCGUCGUCAGAAGGUUUUCCUGAUAAUUCCACAAAACUCAACACAGAACAACCAGAUGAUUGUUCCAAUGACAAAGUGAUCCCUGUAUCUUCCAUCAAUGAAAUAUCCCGUCCUAGACAAUCUUCCCUAUUUGAUGGAAAACUUUUCGGAAUUUCUCCAAAGAUGCAGUUUUCUAUUCCAUUUCGAAUGAAAAGAACAAGUUCUGUAAUGUUUUUAAUCACUCUCAUUCAGUGGCUUAGUUUUUUGCCGUAUUUUGCACUUCUUUUCGUUACAUCGUUCAACAAGCAUUUUCUGCACACUUUAACAGAAACUGAUCAAGUAUUUUACAACAUUGGGAUAGUGACUCACUAUCUCAGUAGUGGAAUUAAUCCCUACAUGUAUGGAUUUUUUAGCAGAAAUUUUAGAAAGGAGUGUAAAAUGGCAAUUGUAUCAAUCAGGAAUUUACGACGGAUUUAAAUGUUUGUGUCUAUAUUGUCUUUUCCUUUGAAAUGAAUAGACAUUCUAUCAGUCAAAGGACGGGAGAUAUAAA